AUGGGGAAUGGGAAAUCCGGUUUUAAUACUGAAAUUCCUGAGGAACAAGUGGCUGUCGAAAAAACGCCUGAGAAAAUUUUGGAGGAAACAGCCCCAGAGGAAGAUGUCCCCACAAGUGACCAUGAUAUGCAAACCGUAGAAGAAUUCGACACUACAGUGGGUGACGCCUCUGAAGAUGAAUCUCCUCCUCAUCCAGGAUUGCAUGUUGCACCUCAGGGUGAUGAUAUUGAAAUGGAGGUUGUAGUCGAAGAUGAUCCUGAAGAUGGAGCUGCCAGAGAUGGGGACAACCAGUCGAAACGAACAGAGGUUGAGCGUAUUUCGACGCGAAACACUCCACCUGCUUCUGACCGGGCCCAAGGGAGUGGCAAAUCAACUGGUUCGACCAGUUUCUCUCGCGAGGAGCUUGAAAAUCUCAAAGUGCAAAGACCUUUGGAGUAUCUGAAAGCCAUGCUUAGCACCCGUUUUAAUUUUCAGGAUUCUUCGCAGAGUAGUUCGACCACUUCUGGGGCAACUUCUGAAGCACCAUCACUUGGCAGCCUCCUGACCAAGAUCAAAACGAAAAUCCUUGAUGUCGAUUUGUUUAAAGUCUUGGAAGAGAAUUCCCUUGCUCAAAUUGGUCUUAAGAAAAUCUUGAAGCAAGUGAAUGUUUUGGAAACUUCUGCUGAGAUUGGAAGUUUCGUGAUGGAGUUGAUGACUCUCAUUGACUUGGCCACUGCAGAUCUCCAUCGUCAAAGGGAUCUUACCGCUCAAAUCUCCUCCAAGUCUGAAACUCAAACUGCUGAAUGGGAUGCCGUUUCGACUUCGACUGACAAAGUUUCAAAAUUGCAAAAGCUCUCUGAAACGUAUGUUGAAGAAGUUGCUGCUUGCAAUGACAAUAUUCAAAAAUGGAAAACACAGAUAGCAGCACUUCAAGAAAAGAUCUCUCAAGAGGAGAAACGUAAGGCAUCCAUUCAGCAACCCAAGCAGAGCGAGAUUGACGAAGAAUUGAGGGUGGGUAUUCGACAUGCAGAGAAAGCCCAUCAACUUAGUCAGGAGAUUGAGACUCUCUCUACUCACAAAAGUCUUUGUGAUCAUCGACUCCAACUCCAGAGGCAGAAGUUCGCCACUUUGAAGGAAACUUUUGCCAAUUUUAAUUUUUAGUCGAAUUUAUUUAGCAACUCUCAGCCCUUUGAGGCUUUCUUUGUAAUAACUUUUGAAUGCCAUUUUUAUUUGGCCCA